AUGAGGAGACUCACCAGACACAUUCCCUGCAGACUCUCCCCCUCAGCACUCCAGCCGCAGCAUUCGCAUUUCUCACCGAGUUCUCUUUCCAGGAUUCCCAGCAGGAAACUGGUGGCCGCUUCCAGAUGCAAAUCCCCAAGGCAGCGCUGCUCCUCUCCCCCCCGAACCCCCCCUGCCUCCAUCCUUUCCUCCUUUUAUAACCACGGUCCCACCCAGCAUUCACAGGGAGGCUCCCAGGUGCUUCCGAGACCCAAAUCAUUCCAGGUGUUUCGGGAAUUAACAGAAAUAAGCUCGUCCCUUUUGGGGACUGUUCAGUUUCCCCGCUGUUCCUCGGCCACAGGAGCAGCUUCUGUCUGGGACCGGUGGGGUGGCACAGGGACCCCCGUCCCGCUGCCUGCUGAGAACGGAGCCCAUCCCAUCAAACCGCAGCUGGAGCGCGGCGCGGGUUUCACUCCACGGACCGCGAUCGCAGCGAGCCGCGAGUGCCGGCACAGACCCGUCCCGCACAGCAGCGGCUCCGGCAGCGGCGCCGCAGCACACGCGGCCCUGUGGGUGCCACCCCGCCCGCGUGGCCCCUGCGCGCCCCUGUCCCCUCCGGCCGCACCCGAGGGCACCGUGCCCUGCCCGAGCCAGGGGAUUGUCCCGAUCCUGGCACAGGGACGGGGCGGAGAGAGCGACCCCGCGUUCUGCAGGGCGGGCACGGGGCUGGGCACGGAACCGCAGCCCGGCCGCCUUGUCCCGGGACAGCAGCUGUCCUUGGCCAUUCCUGCUGCUCCCGGGGCUAAAACCGCCUGGGGAAUUGCUUCUGAUCACAGCCAUCAGGUGUCUGACGGGAGUCCCUGAAACAGAACUGUCUGUGACAAAUGGGGGUGCUAAAGAUGGAGUGACAGCAGAGGGAACCUUGUUCCUGCCAGUUACCCAUGGGAAGAGAGCAAUUCCCAGCCGUUUUAUGCUUGGGAAACAAGGAAAGGGAAUUCUGUGUCCUCACCUGCUCAGGAUACACAUCUUCACUGUCCCAUAAAGGGACCAUUUGAGGCUUUAGAGAGAUUGCCGUGGGUCAAGGAUCUGCUCCCUCGGCAGGGCAGAAGGUGGAGCUGCUGUUGGUGAUUGUGACAAUGGCCUGAAUAAUUAGAGAUCAGUGGGAAGUUGUUCAGUGCACCAGGAAUGACAGAGAAUGUGCUGGACUGGUGUCACACGUAGAGCUGGACAAUGACCCUGAACACCCCAAAAAGGUAAAGAAUCCCUGAGCCACGCUGUGAUCAGACCCCAUAGGGGCGAUGUAUUGGAAGCGCCAGUAAGGAACAACGGGAAUUCCCUGGCCCUCAGCUUGGUCCCGCCUGCCCACACCCCCGCCCUCGAGAAGUGCUGCUCUUCCCGGCUGGAAAGCCAACAAACAUUUUUUCCUCCGUCCCUUAAAACUCUUCUCUGAAAACCUCCGUUCUCCCGCGCUUCUCCUCCUCCAGCAUCCUCCUCCUCGCGUCCCUCCCCGGGCCUGUGGCUCCGCUGCUCCCCGGCGCUCCGGCAAUGAAUAGAAUUGAUGGGAUUAAUAUAAUCGAUGUGAGCCUCGCCGGGCGGCCCGGGGCGCCGGGGGCUCAGGCCAGCGCCGGCCGUGCCAGCACCAUCAGGCGCUGCAGCCGCUCGUAGGACACGAACAUCACCACGUUCCAGGAGCCCAGCCGCAGCAAGGACGGGACGAAGCUGUGCCGGCACAAGCGGGGCUCAGGGGACGUGCGGGGACAUCCCCAGAGCGGGGAUCCCCCAAAUCCUGCCCGCGGGUUGGGGUGUCUGGGGCUCUGUGCCGCGACCGGUCCGCAGGAGCUGAACUCACCCCUUGUAGAGGCCGGCGGGGCCGUCCUGCAUGAGCAGGGCCAGCAGGCAGCUCAGGGCAUUGCGGGGCAUUGCGGGGCUGCCGUUCAUGGACCGCGUCUUCACCACGUCCACCGGCGACGCCACCGCCGUGGCACGGAACCCGGCGCCGAAGGCGGCCACGAGGUACCACGGGACGUCGUGUGAGGGUGGGCAGAGCCGGGGCUUGGACGCUGCAGGGACAGGGAUGGCGCCCGGCUAUGUCCCCUCCCUGUGCCGUGUUCAUCUGUCAUCGGGAUCGGAACCGGGACCGGCAUCAGA